AUGUGGAGUCUUCAAUCGGGUUUGAAUAGUGGUUUCCCAGAAAAAAAAUAUAAAGAUUUUUUGGCGUUAUUUAUAAUAAAUGGAGCAAAUAAUUGUGUAAAAGGUGAUUUUUCAAUUUGCAUCUUAAAUAGUCGACAAGAAAGAUGUUGGGUGAAAGAUCUUAAAUUAACUUUUAAUGGUAGAGAAAGGAAAAGUUUUCUUGAAUUUUUCAAAAAAGAACCAUUAUUGGCAAAUAAAUCUGUAUUGAUACCCAAUGAUACAUUAACAAUUUGUGCUGAAGUGACUGUUGUUGAUGACGAAGUAAAACUAAUUCCAGUCGAAAAAUCAUUGAUUAAUCCAAAAAGUAAUUUAUCAAAAGAUUUGAGAGUUUUUUACAACAGUAGAGAAUUCAGCGAUACCACUAUUGUUAUUGGAGAUGAAAAAAUUACAGCUCACAGAUUAAUGCUAAUAAUGCGCAGUCCAGUUCUAGCUGCAAUGUUUACCCAUGAGCUGGAUGAAAAAAAAUCUAAUCAAAUUUUUAUAACAGACAUAACAGCUGAUAUCUUUGAGAAGUUCUUGGAGUUUAUUUACACUGAUGAAGUUUCGGAUUUGAAUGCCAUCGCUGAGGAUUUACUGGAAGCCGCUGAUAAAUACCAGAUAUUGUCACUUAAAGAGAUGUGUGAAGUAUCACUGUGCAAAACUUUAAAACCUGAAAACGUUAUUAUAAGGAUGGAGCUAGCUGAUCGGCACAAUGCUCCGUACUUGAUGGAAUACAUCACUAAAUGCAUCAUAGCCGAUCCUUUGAAAACCAUGGAAACCGAGGAUUUUGAGAAGUUUGAAAAAUCCAAUCUGUUUUUGGGAUUAAAAUUGUUCAACGGACUAGAAGUUACUGAUAUUCACAAUAGGACUGGCAAAAAAUAA